ACACAUUGUAAUACGGUUUUUUGUAUAACAAGUUUUAUUUCCCACUUUCCUUCCACCGUCCAGCUCUGUUCAACUCUGCUUGAUUUCUUCAUCAAAAUUUGCAAUUGCUUCCCUUGAUUGCAUCUUCUUGGUCGUGUGCGAUUAAUCUGAAUGGCGGAGAUCCAAACGGAAACUCCGCCCUCGGAUCCAGCACAAUCUUCUUUACUUUUUAACAGAAAAAUCGAAUUCCUACCCAUUAGAAAGCCCUUCCACGGUUUCUCCAAUAAUUUCCAGCUCGAAACCCUUAAUCCUUCAUCCUCUAAAUCAACUCGUACACCUUCUUCGGCUCCCAAUAAACAUCACUCCGAAUACUCUGAGUUUGGCUUCGAUCCCGAACUCAGCUUCGGGAUUACCUUUCGAAGGAUAGGAGCUGGGUUGCAAAAUCUGGGAAAUACUUGCUUUCUCAAUUCAGUACUACAGUGUUUGACAUACACAGAGCCUCUAGCUGCAUACCUGCAAAGUGGCAAGCAUAAGACUUCAUGCCGCGUUGCUGGAUUUUGUGCUCUCUGUGCAAUACAGAAUCAUGUUAGUCGUGCACUGCAAGCAAAUGGGAAGAUAUUGUCUCCUCAAGACCUGGUUGGAAAUCUACGUCGCAUAUCACGUAAUUUUCGAAAUGCAAGGCAGGAGGAUGCACAUGAGUAUAUGGUGAACUUACUUGAGUCCAUGCAUAAAUGCUGCCUACCUUCUGGACUACCAAGUGAAUCACCAGGUGCUUAUGAUAAAAGUUUGGUUCAUAAGAUUUUUGGCGGGCGUCUUCGGAGUCAGGUGAAAUGCCAAGAGUGUUCUUCUAGCUCCAACAAGUUUGAACCAUUCUUAGAUUUAAGUCUUGAAAUAUUUAGGGCAGAUUCAGUGCAAAAAGCACUUGUCAAUUUCACAGCCAAAGAAUGGUUGGAUGGAGGCGAGAGGGAAUACAAUUGUCAACGAUGCAAGCAGAAAGUUAGAGCUCUCAAACAACUAACAAUUCACAAGGCACCUUAUGUGCUAACCAUUCAUCUAAAGAGGUUUCACGCUCAUGAUCCUGGGCAAAAGAUUAAAAAGAAGAUUCAGUUUGGCUGUGCACUGGAUUUAAAACCUUUUGUCAGUGGUUCAUAUCAGGAUGGAGAUUUGAAGUACUCUUUAUAUGGGGUUCUGGUUCAUUCUGGUUCUAGCACUCAUUCGGGCCACUAUUUUUGCUAUGUUCGUACUUCAAAUAAUAUGUGGUAUACCUUGGAUGACAACCGGGUAAAUCAUGUCAGCGAGCGGGAAGUUUUGAAUCAGCAAGCUUACAUGUUGUUUUAUGUUCGUGAUCGUAAAAGUAUUGUUCCAAGGAAGCCUGUUGACAUCGCGAAGAAGGAGAAUAUAAACACUAUUGUGAAUGGAAUUAGGGAUUCUUCAACUUCAAAUCAUGUAUUGAAAGAAUAUCCAAAUGGUCUUGUAGAGCCUACUCUGUCUGCUAAAACUAUGAAGAAUAUGUCAAAUGCUGAUUUGUUAGGGGUAUCUGUUUCUAAGGAUACACUGGUUGAGCAAAAAUAUAGUUUGGUAUUAGCAGAAAGCAUGAAGCAAGAUAAUAAACCUGCAUCUGAACUUUCUUCAUGCGCACAGAUAAUGAAGGACUCACCACAGAGCUUGUCAUCAAUAGAUCACUCUGAAAAAGACAAAUAUGUGCAUACUGAUUUGACAUGUAUGGCUGCACCAGUUGGUGACAAAACUAAUAUGUGCAAUGAAAGUGAAAUUUCAAAAGAGGGCACUAAAGAUUCAAUAGUGCCAGACUUCAUUAGUCAGUCUCCUGAGAAAAUUGUUGGCACAAAAGAUAUCAAUAUAGCUCAAGAUCCAAGUACAAAUUUGUCAAUCAGCACCAGCCCUAUAACUUCAUCAGAUGUUAACUGGCAGGCUGGAACUUCUGCACCUGGUUCAGCGCCUACAAAUGCUGGUUGUAUAGUGUGUGAAAAUGCGGUUGGUUCUCAAGGACUGAUUCUUAACGAGUCUGAAUGUAGAUCAUUGAAUAUGGAGAGACUUAAACAAAAGCAUGUGAAGAAAUCAAAAAAGAAAUUUCUGAAGUAUCAGGUAUCAAGUAUGCAGCUUCGGCCAAUCUUCCUUUACAUGACGUACACAGGCCAGAAGAAGAAUCACAAAAGAUGUAAACGCCGCAAGUUGAGUUUGAGGAAUCUAAACAAAGAAAAGUUGGAUAAACAUUCUUUGUCAUCCGACGUUGGAUUAUCUUCCAGUGAUGUAUCUCCCUGUGUAUCGAGUUGCUUUGAAAGUAAAGCAACCAAGGCUGGUUAUAGAAGUGGGGCUAACCUUAAGUUUAAUGAUCCAUGUCCGAUGAGAAGUAAUACUAAAGGAGACAUGAGGAGAGUUGAUGCUGUACUUGCAACUUCUAUGGAAGUAGAAGACUUAUCUGGGCGUGGUGAAAGAGAUCAAAUGCAUAAUAGUUUAAUGAGUAUGCUAACUCGAGGUUUGGAGGAGACAGUCGUUGCACGUUGGGAUGAUAUAGAAAUAGCUUCAUCUCGGGCCCUAGAGACAAAGAGUAGUGAGAAGGUUAAGGACAUUGGAUAUGUUGGGGAUGAAUGGGAUGAAGAAUUAGAUAAGGGGAAGAGGAAGAAGUUAAGGACCUUCAAACACAACUUUGAUGGGCCAAAUAUUUUCCAAGAAAUUGCUACUGAGAAAUUCAAGUCGAAAAGGGCCAAGUUGGAAGGGAACCCUCCAUUCAGGAUAUGAUACCAAAACUAAAUGUCUUCUAUCUAUUGUCUGUAUCAAUUAUUGAUUUGUCAAACGCUGAAAUUGUUGUGAAGAGAGCACCUAUAUUAUUCUUUUUCUCCAGUGCAAAAUUUUGUGGAUCUCUCUGGGGCAGAGCUAAGGGUUGGAGUUUUUAUGCACGUGUGGACAUUUCUCAUCCUAGACAAGUAUUAGUAUUAGCUACAUGUUCUUUUUGGUUACAUUAGCUACAUGUUCUAGAAAUGAAAUGAAACCUAUUGUAUUUCUGUUGUAGUAGCUAGCUGCUCUUCCGUGGCUAAGAAAUUUUGUUUAUGAAUUCUACUUGUAAGUUUAUGUGUAUCUUGGGAGUGGGGACUUGAGUUGUAUUAAACAUUUGGUUUGAGUUUGAUUAGAUAAUGUUAGAAAAUGUGUAAUAAAUUCAUA